UUUCUGUUAAAAGAUCCGGUUCAAAAGAGCCGACUGGUUUGCGAGUCGGGCAGCAAAAGCGCGCCAAGAGAGAAGUGGGAUAGAACAGACAGCAAAACAUGGCAUCUACCAGCAAAACAGCGGUUCCAGCGAGGAAUUUACCAUGGGUUGAAAAAUACAGACCACAAACACUAGAUGACUUGAUUUCUCACCAGGACAUUCUGAGCACAAUUCAGAAGUUCAUCAGCGAAGACAGACUGCCUCAUCUACUUUUCUACGGGCCUCCAGGAACAGGAAAGACCUCCACCAUCUUAGCCUGUGCUAAGCAGCUCUACAAAGAUAAAGAGUUCAACUCUAUGGUUCUGGAGCUUAAUGCUUCAGAUGAUCGUGGAAUUGAUGUAGUUCGAGGGCCGAUCCUCAGCUUUGCCAGCACCAGGACCAUUUUCAAGAAGGGUUUUAAAUUGGUGAUUCUGGACGAGGCGGAUGCAAUGACCCAGGAUGCUCAGAACGCUUUAAGGAGAGUGAUUGAGAAGUUCACAGAGAAUACUCGCUUCUGCCUGAUCUGUAACUACCUGUCUAAAAUCAUCCCCGCACUUCAGUCCAGAUGCACACGGUUCCGAUUCGGCCCUCUCUCCCAGAACCAGAUGAUCCCCAGGCUAGAGCAUGUGAUCCAGCAGGAGAACAUCGAUAUCUCUCCAGAUGGCAUGAAAGCUAUUGUGACCCUCUCAACAGGAGAUAUGAGGCGAUCAUUAAACAUUUUACAGAGUACUCAUAUGGCGUACGGGAAAGUGACGGAGGAGACGGUUUACACCUGUACAGGACAUCCCCUGCGGUCAGAUAUCGCCAACAUACUGGACUGGGCCCUGAACAAAGACUUCACCACAGCAUAUAACCAGAUUCUGCAGCUGAAGACUCUGAAAGGUCUGGCACUGCAUGACAUUUUGACUGAGGUGCAUCUUCUUAUACAUAGAGUGGAUUUUCCUCCUUCUAUUCGAAUGGGUUUACUUAUCAAGCUUGCAGACAUCGAGUAUCGUCUUGCAUCCGGAACCAACGAGAAGAUUCAGCUGAGCUCGAUGGUGGCGGCUUUCCAGGCAGUUAGAGACAUAGUGGUCAGUGAUGGCUAGGCUAAGCUAAGCUAAGCUAGGCUAGUCAUCAGCGUGCCAGUCCUCUUUAAAGCCUUAUUUCAACCCAUGACAUCUGAGCACCACAGACAUGUUGGGUUUGUUGGUUGUUCUUCUGUUGAGACUGUUGGAUGGAUUUUGUGCUGAGUUCCAUUAAAAAAAAGUUAAAUAAAUAAAAUAAAGUGCAAAAUUUCAGUACUUUCAGUUAAAUAUCCACCUUCUUGCAGUUUUAUAGCAGCAGUGUAUGUAUUAUGUAUGUAAAAUGUCAAUAAAUAUUUGUUCUUGCA